UCGCCAGUUUCCAGUAACCUUUCUUCAGCCGGGUUUACUUCUUCGACGCCAGUGACCGAUCGCCGCGCCGUGCCUAAGAGCAAGAGGUUAGCUUCCCCUUACACCACGUGCUACGGUGCUACUCUGUUUGUGAAUGUGAGAAGCGCCUCCUCCCAUGCCACAUUCCUAACAAAUUCUUGUUUUACUUGAAACAACUCCUUUCUACCUUAUUCUCUCAAGAUGUUGGUUCUUUUCGAAUCUUCAGCCGGCUAUGCCGUCUUUAAGCUUAUGGAUGAAAAGAAACUGAACAAAACCGAUUCACUUUUCGACGAGUUUCAAUCUCCAGAAAAAGCCAACAGCAUAGUCAAAUUGAAGCAUUUUGAAAAAUUCAAUGACACUACUGAAGCUUUGGCUGCAACAACAGCAGCAGUUGAAGGAAAAUUGAGUAAAGUUCUUAAAAAGGCUCUUAAAAAAGUUUUGAAAGAAGCCACCGACCAAAUACUUAUAGCGGAUGCAAAACUUGGUAAUGCCAUCAAGGACAAAUUUAACGUUUCUUGCGUAUCAAAUACAAAUGUUAUGGAACUGCUCAGAUGCAUCCGGUCACAAGUAGAUAACCUCUUGAGUGGGUUAGACAAGAAAGACAUUUCAGCAAUGGCUUUAGGUUUAGCCCACAGCCUGUCAAGGUACAAGUUAAAAUUUAGCCCUGACAAAGUUGAUACAAUGAUAGUUCAAGCUAUCUGUUUAUUGGACGAUUUAGAUAAAGAAUUAAAUAAUUAUGUCAUGAGAGCUAGAGAAUGGUAUGGCUGGCAUUUUCCAGAAUUGGGGAAAAUAAUCACAGAUGGUGUAGUGUUUGUAAGAGUUGUAAAAUUAAUAGGAACUAGAGAUAACACUGCUAACACAGAUCUUUCUGAUGUUCUGCCUGAAGAUGUCGAAGAAAAAGUCAAAGAAGCCGCUGAAAUAUCAAUGGGAACAGAAAUUUCCCAAGAUGAUAUUAUGAAUAUUCAAGAUUUAUGUGAUCAGGUCAUAGAAAUUUCUGCUUACAGAAGUCAGCUCUAUGAUUAUCUAAAAGCUAGAAUGAUGGCCAUUGCUCCUAAUCUCACAAUUCUUUUGGGAGAACUAAUCGGUGCUAGAUUAAUUUCACAAGCAGGUUCGCUUAUUAAUUUAGCCAAACAGCCCGCAUCUACCGUACAGAUAUAUGGUGCUGAAAAAGCUUUAUUUAGAGCUUUGAAGACUAAUAAAGAUACUCCGAAAUAUGGUCUUAUCUACCACUCAACUCUUGUCACUUCAGCUAGCACAAAAAAUAAAGGAAAGAUGUCUCGAUCAGUAGCUGCAAAGGCAUCAUUAGCCUCUAGGGUCGAUGCCCUUGGGGAAGGAGAUGAAACGGAUGUUGACUUUGGGGCAGAGCAUAAGGCAAAAUUAGAACAACGGCUUAAAAUGCUCGAAGAAGGAAACCUCAGGAAGAUAUCUGGUUCAGCGAAGGCUAAAGCAAAAUUUGAAAAAUACUACUCGAAGAAGGAUGUGAUUAAGUACGAAGAUGAGGAUGAUUCCACAGUCCCAGGAAGUAAAAGGAAGAUCAAACUGGAGGAUAGAAAGCCCUUAAUUCAGGAAAUUACUCCCGCAGAAAGUGAAAGUCCUCCGAAGAAAAAGAAGAAGAUAAAGCAGGAGCCAUCUGAAUAAAAUUUCUAAUUUUUUAUUUUUUAUUCUAGCUCCUAUGCUUCAAUAGGAGAUUUUAAUCCUUUUCAAGUGGUAAAUAGUCAUUUAUCUCUUAUAUAGGAUCUAUUAUUUUUUAAAAUAAAUAACAAAUUAUGUUUA